UCUGCUUUUUCUUCUCCUCUGCAUAUAGGGAAAAGUUUGAAGACUCUUAUGUCCAAAGGAAUCUUACAGGUACAUCCUCCAAUCUGUGAUUGCCCUGGGUGUCGAAUUUCGUCUCCAGUGAACCGGGGCCGCCUGGCAGAGAAGAGGACGAUCCCUUUACCUCCCACCAGGAUCCCCAAGAAAGAGCUCACCUCCAUUUUCUCACACAGCGACGACAGCGAAGAGAGCGACAAGAGCAAUGGUCAGCACCCCGAAGUAAAGCAGGAGGAGGAUCUCCACAUCAGUAUCAUGAAAAGAAGGAUACACACCCACUGGGAUUUAAACAUCUCCUUCCGAGAGACCUCUUGCAGCCGCGAUAACGACCUCUCCACUAUCAUCUCCAACCUGCACCAGAGCCGCCAGCUCGUUAUGCCAGAGACCCAGAGCCGCUGUGAAUUCAAGAGAAACAGCAUCGAGGUUGGCCUGGGAGCAGCAGAUGAAAUUUUAGGCAAGAGAAGAGUAUGUUCUCCCAACAGCAGCAGUGAGUGUCCUUUAGAAAGCAAGAAAGCCAGAAGUGAGUCCCCAAAGGAAAACUCCCACACGCCUCUGCUGGAGGACUCGGUGACUCAGAUGACCCCGGAGGAGCACUACAGACGCAUGAUGUCAGCACUCAACGAGCAUGGCACCUUUGAAGAGCAGCAGCAGCAACGUCUCUACCAGCUGGCCAACAGCAUGGCAGUGCCCAGCCACGGAGUGGUGCUUGAGGUGAUUGUGGCUGUGCCUGCACUGUCCAUCACACAGCCCCUGUGUGGGCAACUUGUCUGUGCUGACACCCGCCCUGGAGAGACUGUACAGGUGUAUAACCUGUCACUGCACACGUGUCACAGGGAGAUCUCCCACCCACCGCCUCUGCUCUCGCCCCAGAACGCUCCCCACAUUGCCCUGGGGCCCCACUUGAGACCUCCCUUCCUCGGGGUGCCUUCGGCGCUGUGCCAGACGCCAGGUUACGGGUUCCUCCAGCCAGCACAAGCAGAGAUGUUUGCACGGCAGCAGGAGAUGCUACGAAAGCAAAACCUGGCCAGGCUGGAGAUGUCGGCCGAGAUCAUCCGCCAGAAGGAGCUGGAGAACCUCCACCGCCAGAGGCUGCUGGCCGGCGACCCCCUGAGCCUGCACCCGGGGCUGCCCCCGGACCACCCGGCCCUGCGCAACGUGCACGACAUCCCCGAGGGCCACCCGCUGCGGGAGGAGCUGUCCCGGCGGAACGCCAUGCUGGUGCUGCGGCACAACACACCCCGCUGCUGUCCCUCACCCGCCGUGCCCCGCCAGCUCCUCCACGCCGCCAAGGAGCAGCCCCGGCGGGGCAGCCGGAAAAGCCGGGGCAGCAGCGCGCCGAGCCGAGGGCCUGGCGAUGCCAAGAGCCGCGAGCCGCGGGGCGCGGGAGGGCCCCGGACUGUAACGACGAAGGAGAUGAAGGACUCGGAGAGCGACGCGGACGUGAGCGACGAGAAGCCCGAGAGCCUGACGGGGGGCGGCGGCUCGGCCGCGGAGCUCAAGGAGUGCAAGGAGGCGGGCAAGGCGUGCGAGGGGGCCAAGGAGAUGGGCGAGGCGGGCGCUGCCCAGAAUGCCCCCUGCAGCUCCUCGAGCGCAGAGUCCCCCAGCCACCUGCUUGGCCCAGGCAUCAACAAGGCCGAGGUGAAGUACCUCCCGCCGGCCUCCAUCCCGCCGCCUCAGCCGCUGCCCUUCGGGUUCCCCUACACCAUGAGCCCCUACUUCCAUGCAGGCACCAUGGGAGGUCUGUUUCUGGAUGGUGAGGAGAGCCCUGCGCUGGAAGACAUCAGCAAAUGGACGGUGGAGGAUGUUUGCAGCUUCGUGUCCAACUUGUCUGGCUGCACCGAGUACACUCAGGUAUUCCGAGAGCAGGCCAUUGAUGGAGAGACCCUGCCCCUCCUGACAGAAGAGCACUUACUGAACAACAUGGGGCUGAAACUCGGACCUGCCCUGAAGAUAAGGUCACAGGUGGCCAAGCGAGUGGGCAGAGUGCUGUACAUGGCAGGCUUCCCCAUGGCUUUCCCCCUGCAGCCCCCCGGGCUGAGGCCCCCGGAGCGGGACGUGCCGGCGGCCGAGCUGCGGCCGGCGUCCACGGGCAGCGUGGCCUCUCCCUUCGGCAGCGGGGUCCCUUCCUCUGCCAGCCGGGGCUCCCCAAAGCAGGAAAACGGGAAUCCUUCCCUCCUCCCCGGGCUCAACGACACCACGAAACCUCCGUCCUAACUGUGGGAUGCCCUCCAGCUGCUUCUGGGACUUUGGGGAUCCAGCGGGACGAGCCGAAGGAUAAGGCCGGAGCCUCCCCCCCGCCCGCAGCGCGAGACGCAGGAGUGAGGGAGGAAAAGGGAGGUUUUUAUUUGGGUUUUUUUGGGAUGAAUUUGCUUUUUUUUUUUUUUUUUUGGUUUGGGAAAAUC